UGUUGAAGAAUCCUGCCAUAAUGCUAUGGGUGGAAGGUAAACUGGAGGAGCGCGUAGGUAGUUUGGGGCCAAGUCACAGUGUUGGCUACAGCUGCGCAGCAUAAGCUCGGACGGGCGACGGCAGCGAGCAGCGUUGUAUCUGUAACCAUUCGCAAAAAAAACGAACUGCAGUGGUAUGUCCGAGUCCGAGGAAGAGAGUAACGAAGGUCGCUUCGAGAUUGAAGAGAGUGCGGAGGCACGCGCGACCGGUGCGCAAAUGGCCAGUCAGGCAAAGGAGUUGGUGAAUGCUCCUCCGAUUAGGAUCCUGUCUAACAACUCGCUGGGCCUGUCGCAAGAUCGGUUUACGACUUUAGAUCGCAGAAUUGAGACCAAUAUCCGUCGAAGCUGUGGAAGCGACGACUGGAGAGACGAGCGGGCAAAGACGGAGAAUGGGAGUGGAGCGGAUGGCCUCCAGGUUGGACGGAUGACGGGCGGCGGUACGGGGGAUACUUUUAGACAUGCGGCGGAAGUUGAAUCAGGAGUUCAGGAGCUGGCAUGCACGCUGUAAGCCAAGCAAGCAGGUUGAGUAGCCUUCCUUAGGUAGAGAGCUUGGGAGCCGAGCUAUAUCGACAACACACCGUAGUACACUUAGUGGUCCU